GUUACUGCGGAGGAUUUCCAGACCUUUGAUUACAUCCUUUGUAUGGAUGAGAGCAAUCUAAGAGAUCUGAAACGGAAAAGCAACCAAGUUAAAGACUGCAAGGCCAAAAUUGAGCUCCUUGGGAGUUACGACCCACAGAAGCAGCUCAUCAUUGAGGACCCAUACUACGGGACUGAAAAGGAUUUUGAAACUGUUUACGAGCAGUGUGUCAGGUGCUGCAAAGCAUUCCUGGAGAACCCUCAUUAA